AGUGGACCCGGGCCGAAGUCGAACCGAGCUGACCACCACACCAGGCCAGGCAGCCAGGUCCUCUGACGGCGGUCUGGGCCCAGCUCCAGCCUAGCAGCCCAGCGGCAGUUCGAGGAGACGCCAAGUCCCCUGCCACCGUGGCCACCCCGUCACCACGACCACGACGACAGUCAGCCAGCGCUUCUUGUCUUCGGUGCGGUGCGGCUGCGCCGGUCCAGCAGCAGCAGCGGCAGCAUGGACCAGGUCGGCGGGGCGCUGCCCACCCUGCUGCCGGGGGACAUCCUCCUGGGCACCACGCGCUUCACCGACUCGCACGUCUUCGGCCUCGUCGACUACACCGUGUUCGGCGCCAUGCUGCUCGCCUCGUCCCUCAUCGGGAUCUACUUCGCCUUCUGCGCGACCCGCAAGCAGGACAACACCGCCGAGUACCUUAUGGGCGGCAAGACCAUGGGCGUGUUCCCGGUGUCCAUGUCGCUCAUCGCCAGUUACAUUUCGGGCAUCUCGCUCCUGGGACUUCCGGCCGAGAUGUACACCUACGGCACGCAGUACUACCUCAUCGUCCUGGCCGAGGCCUUCGUCAGCCUCACCAUGGCAACCGUCUACCUCCCAGUCUUCUUUAAGCUCCAGAUCACCUCUUCGUACGAGUACCUCAACCUGCGGUUCAACAAGACGGUGCGGCUGCUAGGGUCCUGCCUAUUUCUCGUCAAAAUGCUGCUGUACAUGCCGAUUGUGAUAUAUGUUCCUGCGCUCGCGUUCAGUCAAGUAACUGGAGCCGAUCUUCAUGUCAUCACGCCGAUUGUGUGUGUCGUCUGCAUAUUUUACACAACGCUGGGUGGGCUGCGCGCCGUGGUGUGGACGGACACCCUGCAGACCGUGCUUAUGGUGCUGGGCGUCCUGGCCGUCCUCAUCCUGGGCACCAUCAGCGUCGGCGGCGUGGGGGUCGUCUUCAGCAGGGCGGCCGCCACGGACCGCCUCGAGUUCUUCAACAUGGACCCAGACCCCACGGUGCGGCACACCUUCUGGACCGUGGUGCUGGGCAACUACUUCAACUGGCUGGCGUCCUGCGCCGUGAACCAGGCCAUGGUGCAGCGCUGUCUCUCCAUGCCCACGCUCGCGCGCGCCAACCUCACGGUGAUGAUCCUGGUCAUCGGCAUCUUCCUUCUGGUGUCCAUGAGCUGCUAUACGGGGCUGCUCAUCUUCGCCACGUUCCACGACUGCGACCCCGUGUCGGCGCGCGUCAUCAGCAAGGCCGACCAGCUGCUGCCCUUCUACGUCAUGGAGCUGGCCGGAGCGGUACCCGGCCUGCCCGGGGUCUUCAUGUCCGGCGUGUUCAGCGCCGCGCUCAGCUCCAUGUCCACGUCGCUCAACUCGAUGACGGGGGUCAUCUGGGAGGACCUGGUGCGGCCGCACCUCAAGCGGCCGGUGUCUGAGCAGCGCGCCUCGCAGGUCCUCAAGCUCCUGGUGGUCGCCAUCGGGGCCGUGUGCGUCGGCCUCGUCUUCCUGGUGGAGCGCAUGGGGGCCGCCCUAGUGCAGGCCAGCAAGAUGAUGUCGGGGAUCACGGCGGGGACGCUGCUCGGCGUGUUCUCCCUCGGCAUGUUCUUCCCGUGGGCCAACUCGCAGGGAGCGCUGGCGGGCGGGCUGGUGAGCUUCGUGCUGGUGGCCUGGAUCUCCAUCGGGACGCAGACGGCCAUGGCGCGCGGCGACAUCCGCUUCCAGGGGAAGCCCGUGUCGCUGCAGGGCUGCUCUGCGGGCGUCUUCUCCCUCAACAAGACGCAGCUGGUGUCGCCGUCGGACAACCACGCCGUGUUCCCCCUGUACCGGCUGUCCUACCUGUGGUACACGGCCCUUGGCGCCAUCUCCGCCAUCGCCGUCGGCUUGCUGGUGUCCUUCCUGACGGGGCCCACGGACCCGAGCACCGUGUCACGAGACCUCCUGGCGCCCGUGGUGCACAACCUGGUGCCGUCGGCGGCGGCGGCCGCCUCCCCGCCGGCGACGCCCGAGGAGCACCGCCGAGCCAAGGACCGGGGCAAGAAGAACGGACGCGCCGCUCAAGAGACGCACUUCUGAAGGAGCUCCGCCCGGCCGGUAGGCCACCCAUCCUACCGUCUGGAUCGCACUGCCAAACAGAAUCUCUAGUCAAUGCCUGCCAGGCCAUCGCAGCAAUGCACCACCGUCCUCUGUUCGAUGUGGUGGCGGACAACAGUAGUUUACAGCCCGCAGAUCUCCGGGUGAAGGGCGAGCGUCCCCCUCCUCCUCAAUGUUGGAUUUGCUUUGGCGUGUGCGUCGCAAUCCUGGUGGGUUGUCCCGGGUUGCCAUUGCGCUUUGCCACGACGGCUAGCGCUUUUUUGACUUUUAGCUCUUGGUGGUUCACUCCCGUUGUAUCUAUGACGAUUUCGCGUCAUCCGAUUCUGUUCUAGUGAACGGAAAUUGUAUACAUAGCAUUUAUUGUUUUUAGGAUUACGUACGUACCACUGCCAUGGUCUAGAUUUUUCUUCGGGGUGCAUGGGGGCGCGGUUGCGGUUGGUCGCAGGCGACCAUGCGUGAUCGAAUUUGGGAUCGUACGCAGAAAGUACGCUCGUUUUUUUCAGAUUCGUUUGGCAAAUUAUGGAAGCUUAGCGCUUAGGCGCCUGUGAGACUCGGGUUAGGCCACACCGCAGUACACGCAUGCUCUUUACGCAAAAUGUUGCCUACCUACCAGGCGCUAUGCGAGUUUGCAGAGGCUGAACUUGCAGGUUCGUAACGGCGAAUGACGGAAGUACUUUCUGGAAGGCCCCUUAUUCUACGAAUGCUUGACCCCCCUCAUCAAAUAAUUCAGGCUCAUAUAUUAAUGAUACUGAUAUCGAAUAAAGUUUGUACUUUCGACGAA